CGUAGAUUCCCAGGAAAUCACUACUGUUUGAGUGUCUUCCAUAGAUCAUCGAUAACGAUGACAACUGAGAAAGCUAGAAGUAGCGCGUGGCGAAAUCUCGUCUCAUUUUGCAUUUUCGGUCUAUGUAACAACUUUGCAUAUAUCGUUAUGCUUAGUGCUGCACAGGAUAUUCUCAAGAAAAAUGAGCAUGAAAGUUAUGUUAUAGAAAAUGCAACAGAAGUCACAUGUGUGCCCAAAAUCACAACACGAAUCUGCUCACCAACAUCUACAGGCGUUGUUCUUUUAUGCAAUAUCAUACCAUGUCUUCUUAUCAAGCUUCUAUGUCCGUUUAUAAUGCAUCGGGUGCCAUACUGGCUUCGGCACAGCACAGUAUGUUUCACCCAAGCAUCAUCACUGAUAAUCACAGCUUUCGCCGACUCAGUGCCUUUAGCACUGGUGGGAGUAUGCUUAGCUUCAUUUUCCAGUGGCCUGGGUGAAACCACCUACCUCGGAUUAGCAGGGCACUACUCAAAACAAACAAUUGCUACCUGGUCAUCUGGCACCGGAAUGGCAGGCUUGGUUGGGUCAUUCUCUUACGCAGGGCUAACAGAUCGUCAUCUUCUAGGAUUGACACCAGCACAAGCAAUGCUUGUCAUGCUUGUGGUACCAGCGUUAUUUAUGUUCACUUACUUCAUGCUGUUAGAGCAUACUGAUAUGAUGAAACAAGUGAGCUUUAGAAAAUCGAAAUCGGGUAAGUCUAUCGACCUUGGAAAGAACAAUAAGAGCUCAGCAGAAGGAUCGCUGAAGACAUCAUCGUCAACCUCAUCAGCUGUGACCUUGACUACUCCGAUGACAUUUGCUGAGCGGAUUGCUUUAGCAAAGUGUCUUCUCCGCUAUAUGAUUCCCCUUUUUCUCGUAUACUUUGCCGAAUACCUCAUCAACCAAGGCCUGCUUGAACUCAUAAUAUUCGAUUGCUCUCAUGGAUUUGGCACCACGCCCGCAGCACAGUAUCGCUGGUAUCAGGUUCUGUACCAAAUCGGCGUGUUUGUCUCGCGCUCGUCCAUCAACUUUAUCCAGCUCAACAUGCUGCUUAUUGCGAUGAUGCCUGGACUUCAGCUCCUCAACACAGUAUUAUUCCUGUUCAACGCUAUCUAUGCUUUCCUGCCAAAUUUCGCAGUUGUUGCUGGUCUAGUGCUCUAUGAAGGUUUGAUCGGCGGCGGAUCCUACGUAAACACUUUCCAUCACAUCCAUAAAAAGGUGGAACCAACAAUACGUGAAUUUGCACUGUCGACGGUAUCACUGGCCGAUUCUUUCGGAAUCAUGUUGGCAGCAUUUGCUGCAAUUCCAGUCCACAAUGCCAUUUGCGCAAUGCAGUGGUAUAGAUGAAGAAUGUUCUGUAUUUUGAUUUGGAAGCGGGUAAAGGCCAAUUUCUGGCUGCGUAGGGCUAAGCUCUGAGUGGAUUCUUCAUAUGUAUCUAGGUUUUGAAGCUGUAAACUGAGUUUGUAAAUUGUCAAAUUGUGUGUAGAAUAGAUUUUGAGGCCCUUAACUAUUGCCUGCCAGUACACAUUCAUUAUUACUUCUCCACCAUAUCAGUUUGCAAUCCAACAGGCUGGGGUAAUCUCAGUACCUAUGUCAAGUUUUGCGCAAAAAUUGUGAUGUUUUCAUCACGCAAAUUUUGCUUUGGUAGAAAUUCGCCGCGAUUUUUUGUAAAAGUAUCAGAAAACGUCCUUGGAGAGAUAUGUAAAUUCUAUUUAUCUUUGUUAGCAAGUGAAUCUGAGAAAAUAGGUACUUUGGUGAAUGCAGAACAACUGAAGUGAGCAAUUAUUAAUCGGUGAACAAUGUAUCUGAAAAUAUGGUAAUGCCAAGAUGAACGAUAGCUGUAAAUAAGUAUAAUGUACA